AUGGGGAAUGCAGAGCACAGGGGUAACCAAGUGAAACAGCUUGAUGUCACCAUGGUUGAUGCCGGUGGUGGUGAAAUUUUGGACGCAUCAUCCUCUCGGGACCAGGGGGUAGGCAAUAAAGCCUUCCCUUCACUUAUCGGUGAUCUGCGUCAUGAGUAUGGAGCUAAUUGGUUCUUUCUCUUAGAAACCCAUGUGUGUGGUACCCGAGGUAACCAAAUUAGGGAUAAGAUGGACUUUGACAAAUCAUUCGUAGUGGAUGCAGUGGGUCAUGCUGGAGAAAUUUGGUGUCUUUGGGAUUCCUCUGUUUGGAGCGUGGAUGUGCUAGAGCAUGAUACACAAUUCGUGCACCUAAGAGUCUCUGGUAAUAACUCAACUCCCUGGCUUAUUACUGCUGUCUAUGGUAGCCCCCAGCGGGUGACAAGAAGAUUGUUAUGGCACUCCUUUAAAUCUUAUGCUGCUAAUGUUAAUCUCUCCUGGUGUUUGUUGGGCGAUUUUAAUUCUAUGUUACAUAACCAUGAGAAAAGUGGAGGGGAGUUGAGCAGUAAUCAAAGUGAUUGUAAAGAGUUUCAGGAUUGUGUUUCGACUUGUGGCCUGGUUGACUUGGGGUUUACAGGCUGGACAUACACUUGGAAGAAAGGCAAUCUUGCAAAGAGGUUAGACAGGGGCUUAAGCAACUUGGACUGGCAAAUUGCCUUCCCAGAGACUUUUAUAAAACAUAUGCCCAUGCUGAAAUCAGACCAUUCUCCUAUCUGCCUGCAACUCUCUCCCGUUAGCUCACAAAAUAGAGGGAGACGACCCUUCCGCUUCUUGUGGCAUGGAUUACUUACCCUGAUUUUGGGAAUGCUGUUGAUGCGUCUUGCAAUGUUCAGGACUCCUGGGCUGAGGGCAUAUUGA